AGUUCAAGUUUUGUGCAAAUAACAUUCAGAAUGGAUUUGUCGAAAUUUUAUGUGUGCGUUUGCUUAGUCGUAGCAAUUGAAGCUAUAUCCAUUCCUCAAUAUGCUUACAGAGAAGUGGAGGACAAGGCAGUGGCACUACAGAAGAAGGCACCAAUUCCUAUUUUGAAACAAAGCUUUGAACAAAGCAAAGAGGGCUAUCAAUACAGCUAUGAAACUGGCAACGGAAUUCACGCUGAAGAAUCAGGUUACCUCAAAAACAAGGGCGAUGAAAAACACGAAGUUAUGGUUCAACAAGGAACCAUCACAUACCACGAUGAGCAUGGCAAACCAAUUUCUCUCACCUACAUUGCCGACGAAAAAGGUUUCCGCGCCAGUGGUGAGCACCUUCCAACUCCUCCACCAAUUCCCGAAGCAAUCCUGAAGUCACUCGAACAAAAUGCCCGUGAGGAACAACAAGAACAGCACCUAGAGCAAGUUCAUCAAGCUCAAAUCUCUCAAUCAGCACAGAAAGAGACGCCAGAAUAUCAAUAUCAGCAACCAGAGCAAGUCGUGGAAUAUGAAGCCCCUCAAUAUCAAAUUUCUCAGAAGGAUUAUCAGAAUCAAAUACAGGAGCAGAUCCAGAAGCAACUGAGAGAUCAACAGUACCAUCAACCUCAGCAAGAAUAUCAAAUUCAACAAUAUCAUCAAGCUGGAUACUGAAUAGAUAUUAUACCUACCAAUUUUCCUAUGAGGGCACCUACCCUCCUUGAAGAUGAAAAUAACUAACACUAUUUGUAUAUAUAUUCUGAUUUAUUGUUGGAAGCAGUAUUCUUAAUUAAUAAGCGUUUUGUUGAUCAUGCUCGUUGACUGAUGAAUUUAUUAUU